CUCGAUUUCAAAUUAUACCUUGGACUCAAGCCCAACUCUAAUUCUUUCUGGAAGAGGAAAACACCUUGAAUCGUCACAUUUUUCCCGCAAGCUUCCUUCGGCGUAUUCUGGCCUUCCGUUCGAACAAUUCACCUUCUUCCAUAUCCAAUCUCAGGUAUUUCAUUUUCUUCGCUCCAUCUUCAGUUUAUGUUUUCUGGUAGCUGACGAAGUAAGCAACAUUGCUUCUUUCGGCUUGUAUGAGUGCCACGGCUGAGUGUAUCUUACUUUCUAGGUAGACUAUAGAGAAAUGAAUUCAGCCGUGCAGAGAACGCCGAAAAGCACGAGACAAUCAUUGUUUUUCCAGGAUUUAGGUACGCCGGUUUCUUCUCGGAAGUCCUCUGGAAGAUAUACCACACCAGGUCAGGCAGCGGCUGUUUCGGCUCUAUGGCGAGAGAAUUUCUCGAACACCGAUCUCCCACCCCCACCUGUGUUCACACUUGAAGACCGAUCUGACUGCUCUCCGGAAUCUGGAAUUCCGGAAUAUCCUAUGUCGUCGGAGGGCAAAUCAGACCCUAGAACGCCGAUUCAGAGUGCGGGUAGGGAUUUUUGGACUCCUAGGAGCAAAAAGCCCGAUGCAAGUAAUGGACAUGUUUUAAGUGAAAACAGAGAGCAGAAUCAGAGUCAAAAUAGUGGCAUUGCGAGCUCGAGUUGGUGGUCACCUGCCAAGGGUGGGCAUAGUGUUGAACCAGAUGAUAAGGGGAAGGGUUCCCCUGUGGAAGGCGUGGUUCAGCCUGGUGCUUUGAUAACAUUACCUCCACCCAGGGAAGUCGCAAGGCCGGAGAUGAAGAUGAAUUCUAUACCCUUUGGUAACUUGGAUGAGGAAGAGUGGGUUACAGUUUAUGGGUUUUCUCCAGCUGACACCAAUUUAGUUCUGCGAGAGUUUGAGAAGUGUGGUCUAAUCUUAAGACACAUUCCUGGUCCUCGUGGUGCUAAUUGGAUGCACAUUCUAUACCAGAAUCAUGCUGAUGCUCAGAAAGCUCUUAGCAAAAAUGGGAUGCAAAUAAACGGAGUUCUGAUCAUUGGAGUGAAACAUGUGGAUCCAAUGCAACGUCAUGCAUUGAAUGACAGGCUCAACAACAAUCAUCAAGGUUUUGUACCUUUACCACCUCCCCUUGCAACAGGAUCGUCAAGUAAAACGUCCACCCCAGAUACUAGCCACUACUUCAGAACAUCAUCAUCAUCACAACCACACAAUUACGUCCAGAAUGGCAGCAACAGUGCUAAACAUUCUGCUGGAGCCGUUGCGACACCGACCAAGUCUGUAGUGUCUAAAGUUAUGGAUUUGAUGUUUGGUGUUUAGCCCCCCGCCAGCACUCUUUGUUUUGCCAGGGCGAGUCAUUUGCAUUACUGUAUCUCAAUGGAGUACAAACUCCAAUUGUAAUCACAUUGCUUGCUAAUAGCAUGUAUCUCAGUGAGAAAUCAAAUGUGGUUGAGAUUUUUAAUGAAAAGGACUUUAUUUUUUCAGUGAUGGAUUUUAUUUCCUUAGAUACCUAUUUUAUUGUUAAAAAAGAAAACCUUAUUUUGUUUCUUUAGCGAACUGAAGAUCUUCCAUUACAAAAACUAAUAAACUAUGUACGGGUGUGUUAACUAUUUUCAUCACUAUCGGAUUUUUAUUAUGUUGUUACAAAAC